AUGUCUCGCUUCUUAGACGGCAUUUCCACCAUCAUCAGCCUCUUUCACAAAUAUGCAAAGGAAGAUGGAGACUGCUCCAACCUCAGCCACAGGAAGAUGCAAGAGUUCAUCCAGAGGGAGUUUGCAGAUGUCAUAGCUAAGCCACGUGACCCUCAGACAGUUGACAAGAUUCUGCAGUUUCUGGAGUGGGAUGGUGAUGGGCAUAUUGAUUUUAAUGAAUUCCUGCUUUUGGUGUUCAGAGUGGCUAAAGCCUGCUACUGGUUCCAGCCGAAGGGACCAUACCUUCUGCAAAGAACAAAGCUGACAUCCAGUGGCAAGUUGCACCAAGAGCCUGAAAUUAAGAACAGAGGGAGCAGUCGACAGCUCCAGGAGGAGGAAGAACAAAUCUGUGAGAAUAAUGACCAUCCCCUCUGUGAACCCGAACUGCAACGAGACACCAGAGCCAAUGAGCUUGAAACACUAGAGGAAAUGGGGAGUUACCAACAACGUAACACACAAAGCGUAAAUGAUGCAAUACGAAGCAGUGAGCGAAGGGAGCCAAUCCCUCAGGUGUAUGAAGAACAAAGCCGAGAGCCAUGCGACCAACGGAACAGCCAGAGAAGACGUCAGCCACCAGAGCCGAACAGACGAGGAGAUGUACAACUCCGCAAGCACAGAAGCUUGGAAGCACAGGAGCCCAGGCUGCGGAGAGGUGAGAGGAAAUAUCAAGAGGGGCCACAGCAAGACCAACUGGCAGACAUAAGGAGUCGCAGCCAGGGCUAUGAAACAAGACCACUGCAAAACCGGUGGGGUAGCCGUCAGCCACAUGAGCCAGUAGGACCAGCAAAGGAUGACAGAAACCAGCGGCCACAAGAAGCAGAUAGAGGAAGUGACAAUCAGCCACGUAAACCUGAAUUACUCACAGAAGAGAGAAGCCGCUACCACCUACGUGAGCUGGAACAAAGAGCACUUGAAGAGAAGAGCAACAAGCUACGUGAGCCUGAAUGCCUGGAUUCGAGAGUCCCGCAUCAGUCAUACAUAAAGGAACCACUAGAAAUUGACCUCAGGUACUGUGAGACCUGUGAGCUAGAAAGACGUAUCGAUGAACAACGUACAAAUGAGGAACAUAACCUUGAACAUGUGGAAAGUGAGCGUGAAAACCAUGAGCUUAAGGAGUGGGAAGAAAGAGAUGAUACAAGGAGGAAAGAUAGAGAACAGGAAAGGAGGACUGAUACAGAAAGGGAGCGGGACAUCAAGGUCUAUGAGGGCCACAGCCGAAAGACACGUGAAAGGGAAGAGCAAAGUGCCAAAACCAACCGAAGGGAGAGACGCGAAAGGCGUGACAUUGUAGCACGUGAGGCUGAAAUUGAUGGAAGGAGGCAAUGCGACCUUGUGAGGCUUGAGAGGACACGAGAGGCUGAUGUAGUGGCAGCAGAAGCUGACGUGAAGACCCAUCGCGUGUCCCGGGAAUUGGAGCCCCGUGAGGAGCUCAAAAGAAGGGAGCGUGACCUGGAGCGUUUUGAUGCAGAGGAAGAGAGAAGAAUUUGCCUGGAAAGAGAGAGAGAGGAGCCUCUGCGAGAGAGAAGGGUCGAGCAUCAACGGGAGCUCGAUCUGGAGGUCAUUGGGCGUCGACGCCGCCAGGCACAUGAAAGGGAAGAGCGAGGUGCCACCAUCAACCAGAGAGAGACACGUGAGAGACAUGACUUUGAAGCACGUGAGGCUGAAAUCGAUGGAAGGAGGCAACGCGACCUUGUGAGGCUUGAGAGGACACGAGAGACGGAUGUAUUGGCUGCAGAAGCUGAUGUGAAGAUCCAUCGCGCGUCCCGGGAACUGGAGCCCCGUGAAAGAGUCGAUAGAAGGGAGCGUGAUUUUGAGCGUUUGGAUGCAGAGGAAGAGAGAAGAAUUUGCCUGGAAACAGAGAGAGAGGAGCCUCUGCGAGAGAGAAGGGUCGAGCGACAGCGGGAGCUCGAUCUGGAGGUCAUUGAGCGUCGACGCCACCAGGCACUUGAAAGGGAAGAGCGAGUUGCCACCAUCAACCAGAGAGAGACACGUGAGAGACAUGACUUUGAAGCACGAGAGGCUGAAAUCGAUGGAAGGAGGCAACUCGACCUUGUGAGGCUUGAGAGGACACGAGAGACGGAUGUAGUGGCUGCAGAAGCUGAGGUGAAGAUCCAUCCCGUGUCCCGCGAACUGGAGCCCCGAGAGCAGGCUGAAAGAAGGGAGCGUGACCUGGAGCGUUUGGUUGCAGAGGAGGAGAGAAGAAUUUGCCUGGAAAGAGAGAGAGAGGAGCCUCUGCAAGAGAGAAGGGUCGAGCGACAGCAGGUGCUGGAUCUGGAGGUCAUUGAGCGUCGACGCCGCCAGACCCUUGAAAGGGAAGAGCGAGGUACAACAACCGACCAACAAGAGAGACGAGUGAGACGUGACUUUGAAGAACACGAGGCUGAAAUUGAUGGAAGGAGGCAACGCGACCUUGUGAGGCUUGAGAGGACACGAGAGACGGAUGUAUUGGCAGCAGAAGCUGACGUGAAGAUCCAUCGCGUGUCCCGGGAACUGGAGCCUCGUGAGGAGCUCAAAAGAAGGGAGCGUGACCGGGAGCUUUUUGAUGCAGAAGAAGAGAGGAAGGUUUUUCGGGAAAGAGAGGUUGAAGAGGCAGCGAGGGAGAGAAGAUUCGAGCGCCAACGUGAGCUGGAUAUUGUGAGGCUUGAGAGGACACGUGAAGAAGAUAUAGUGGCUGCAGAAGCUGACGUGAAGAUCCAUCCCGUGUCCCGCAAACUGAAGCCCCGAGAGCAGGUUGAAAGAAGGGAGCGUGACCUGGAGCGUUUUGAUGCAGAGGAAGAGAGAAGAAUUUGCCUGGAAAGAGAGAGAGAGGAGCCUCUGCGAGAGAGAAGGUUCGAGCACCAACGGGAGCUGGAUCUGGAGGUCAUUGAGCGUCGACGCCGCCAGGCACGUGAAAGGGAAGAGCGAGGUGCCAUCAUCAACCAGACAGAGAGAAGUGAAAGACAUGACUUUGAAGAACGUGAGGCUGAAGUCAGCGGAAGGAGGCAACGAGAACUUGUGAGGCUGGAGAGGACACGAGAGGCUGAUGCAGUGGCAGCAGAAGCUGAUGUGAAGAUCCAUCGUGUGUCCCGAGAACUGGAGCCCCGUGAGGAGCUCAAAAGGAGGGAGCAUGACCUGGAGCUGUUGAAUGCAGAAGAAGAGAGGAAGGUUUUUCGGGAAAGAGAGGUUGAAGAGGCCGCAAGGGAGAGAAGACUCAAGCGCCAAGGCGAGCUGGACCUUGUGAGGCUUGAGAGGACACGAGAAGAAGAAGUACUGGCAGCAGAAGCUGACGUGAAGAUCCAUCGCGUGUCCCGGGAACUGGAGCCCCGUGAGGAGCUCGAAAGAAGGGAGCGUGACCUGGAGCGGUUGAGUGCAGAGGAGGAGAGAAGAAUUUACCUGGAAAGAGAGAGAGAGGAGCCUCUGCAAGAGAGAAGGGUCGAGCACCAACGGGAGCUCGAUCUGGAGGUCAGUGAGCAUCAACGCCGCCAGGCACGUGAAAGGGAAGAGCGAGGUACAAAAACCAGCCAACGACAGAGAGGCGAGAGACCUGACUUUGAAGCACGAGAGGCUGAAAUCAAUGGAAGGAGGCAACGCGACCUUGUGAGGCUUGAGAGGACACGAGAGACGGAUGUAGUGGCAGCAGAAGCUGAUGUGAAGAUACAUCGCGUGUCCAGGGAACUGGAGCCCCGAGAGCAGGUUGAAAGAAGGCAGCGUGAAUUGGAACGUUUUGAUGCAGAGGAAGAGAGAAGAAUUUGCCUGGAAAGAGAGAGAGAGGAGCCUCUGCGAGACAGAAGGGUCGAGCGACAACGGGAGCUGGAUCUGGAGGUCAGUGAGCGUCGACGCAGCCAGACCCUUGAAAGGGAAGAGCGAGGUACAAAAACCAGCCAACGGGAGAGACAAGUGAGACGUGACUUUGAAGAACAUGAGGCUGAAACCGAUGGAAGGAGGCAACGCGACCUUGUGAGGCUUGAGAGGACACGAGAGACAGAUGUAGUGGCUGCAGAAGCUGAUGUGAAGAUCCAUCGCGUGUCCCGGGAACUGGAGCCCCGUGAGGAGCUCGAAAGAAGGGAGCGUGACCUGGAGCGUUUUGAUGCAGAGGAAGAGAGAAGAAUUUGCCUGGAAAGAGAGAGAGAGGAGCCUCUGCGAGAGAGAAAGGUCGAGCACCAGCGGGAGCUGGAUCUGGAGGUCAUUGAGCGUCGACGCCGCCAGGCACUUGAAAGGGAAGAGCGAGGUACAAAAACCAGCCAACGAGAGAGACAAGUGAGACGUGACUUUGAAGAACAUGAGGCUGAAAUCGAUGGAAGGAGGCAACGCGACCUUGUGAGGCUUGAGAGGACACGAGAGGCUGAUGCAGUGGCUGCAGAAGCUGACGUGAAGAUCCAUCGCGUGUCCCGGGAACUGGAGCCCCAUGAAAGAGUCGAUAGAAGGGAGCGUGAUUUUGAGCGUUUUGAUGCAGAGGAAGAGAGAAGAAUUUACCUGGAAAGAGAGAGGGAGGAGCCACUGAGAGAGAGAAGGUUUGAGCACCAACGGGAGCUCGAUCUGGAGGUCAUUGAGCGUCGACGACGCCAGGCACGUGAAAGGGAAGAGCGAGGUGCCACCAUCAACCAGAGAGAGACAUGUGAGAGACGUGACUUUGAAGCACGUGAGGCUGAAAUCGAUGGAAGGAGGCAACGCGACCUUGUGAGGCUUGAGAGGACACGAGAGACGGAUGUAUUGGCUGCAGAAGCUGAUGUGAAGAUCCAUCGUGUGUCCCGGGAACUGGAGCCCCGUGAGGAGCUCGAAAGAAGGGAGCGUGACCUGAAGCGUUUGGAUGCAGAGGAAGAGAGAAGAAUUUGCUUGGAAAGAGAGCGGGAGGAGCCACUGAGAGAGAGAAGGGUCAAGCGACAACAGGAGCUCGAUCUGGAGGUCACUGAGCGUCAACGCCGCCAGGCACGUGAAAGGGAAGAGCGAGGUGCCAUCAUCAACCAGACAGAGAGACGUGAGAGACGUGACUUUGAAGAGCGUGAGGCUGAAGUCAGCAGAAGGAGGCAACGUGACCUUGUGAGGCUUGAGAGGACACGAGAGGCCGAUGUAGUGGCAGCAGAAGCUGAUGUGAAGAUCCAUCGCGUGUCCCGCGAACUGGAGCCCCGUGAGGAGCUCGAAAGAAGGGAGCGUGACCUGGAGCGUUUGGAUGCAGAGGAAGAGAGAAGAAUUUACCUGGAAAGAGAGAGCGAGGAGCCACUGAGAGAGAGAAGGUUUGAGCACCAACGGGAGCUCGAUCUGGAGGUCAUUGAGCGUCGACGCCGCCAGGCACUUGAAAGGGAAGAGCGAGGUACAAAAACCAGCCAACGAGAGAGACGAGUGAGACGUGACUUUGAAGAACAUGAGGCUGAAAUCGAUGGAAGGAGGCAACGCGACCUUAAGCCGAUGUGA